AUGAGUGGUCAAGAAAGCCGAAAACGUGCAUCACACCAAUGGCGUCGGAUCAAGCAAAAAUCAAUCGAGCCGGGUGUAUCUGGACUAUUCUUCACGUGUUCAGCCAAUGAAAAACAAGCGCUUCGUGAAGCGUACAAUCUUUUGAAUUGUUUAAUUGAAAAGCAACAAGAAACCUCAUCUGAAGUUGUUUGCAAAACCUCGGAUGAAUGUCAACAAACAAAUGGUAGGGAUUCACAAAAAAUGUCUGACGAAAAAAACGAUGCAGAUGCUGAAAGUGCUAGUGAUAACUCACCAUCAGAUGCGGAGGAUGUCGCCGAUACAAUCAAACGAUUCUGCUCAAACGCUCGACAAUCAAACUCAGUGCCAUUCUAUAAGAAUCGUUUGAAACAACGUCCAACCGGUGUCAAGAACUGUUUAUUUGUGGCAGUGGAUGGCGAUCUGAGUAAACAAGUGUACGAUCUGGCUGACCAGCUCGUAGCCAGGGCAGCUGAGCAGUCGUGUUGUCGACUUCUUCAACGAGUUAUUCCCAUUGAAAUCACUUGUCGGAUCGAUAUGCCUACCAUCGAACGUUUGGUUUCGAAACAUUUCACUGUGAACGAAGAGGAUGGCAAAUGGCCGACCUAUUCAGUGGAAUUCAAAGCCAGGAAUAAUUCAGGUGUGAAACGUAAUAUUAUGCUGGAAAUGGUUUGUGGUGUAGUGAAGCAGAUGGCACCGAUGAGUCGUAUUUGUCUGGAUGCACCCGAUAUAGCACUGCUUUUCCAAGUGCUACACAAUACGGCGCUUCUGUCAUGCGUUCGCAACUUUCAUCAACGUCGAAAAAUGAGUCUUCAUGUGGAACGAAAUCCGAGCAAUGAACCCAUAAAAACAAUUUCUAAUCUAGCCGAUGAAUCCCACAAAGUCAGCAAUGCUCAUGAUGCUGCACCGAAAGUUACUGUAUCGAAUGAUGAAGAAACUGCUAAUAGCGUUGAAGGUAGUAGAAUUGAUUGUGGAACUCCUGAAGAAAAACAUUGUGAUACUGUAGAUGUCCAGUGA